CAGCCAGCAACUGCGGCGAGAUGAGGUUUUUCAAACUGAUAUUGUUGGUGCUGGCGCUAGCGCUGAUGGGCACUGGAGGAGACAGCGCUCUGGAAGAACAUCAUGACGAAGACGUGAUAAAUCAGGAGCUGACUGAGCUGCUGGGGGUGACGAAGGAGCGGCUGCUGGAGGAGCUGCAGGAUCUGCGAGACGAGUGGACGCUGCCCUUCUGGAUCCCGGAGGAGGACCACAUCGUCCCGGACGCCGCGACGUACGGCAACGUUGACGUGAGGAGUGAUGACGUCCUAGACGCCGCGACGUACGGCAACGUCGAUGUGGGGGGCGUUGAGGUGCCCGUUGUUGUCCUGGCCAAGAUUGGCCUUAAGAUCAUCAAGGCCGUGAAAUUAGCGAGCGGUGGUUUAGUGGCGGCCACUGCAGCGGCGACGGCAGCGGCAGCAGCGGCAGAAUUGGGCGCUGACGGGAUGGUGGUGGACACUACACGCAACACGAACAUCGUGGACACGACACGCAAUACGAACAUCGUGGACACGACACGCAACACGAACGUCGUGAACACGACACGCAACACUAACAUCGUGGACACGACACGCAACACGAACGUCGUGGACACGACACGCAAGACGAACGUCGCAGACACGACACGCAACACCAACGUCGUGGACACUACACGCAACACGAACAUCGUGGACACGACACGUAACACUAAUGUCGUUGACACCACACACAACACUAACGUCGUUGACACCACAAGCAACUCCAACGUCGUGGGUAUCACACGCAACACGAACGUCGUGCACACGACGCACGACGAUUCGACCAUCAUUGCCACGACGUCGGCCACGGCGGUGGCCAUGUUCACCGAUGGGCCAACUGGGGAAAUUUUCUUUGCCCAGGCCUACUUGCCCGAAGGCACGAGAAGCGCUACGGUGGUCACAGGGGAGUUACGUGGGCUACCCACGGGUCCUUCCUACAGCCUCGAGGUCUGGCGCCCCACCCGCGACUUCUGCGGGAGUAAUGUCACGGGGCAAGCGGACCCCGUCGUGACGGUGCUUGGUGUGCUACGCCCUGACGCGCGGGGGCAAACCUCAUUCUUGCUCAGCAGUGGCCACCUGCGCGUGGCGUGGGGAGGAGUGGUGGUGUUGCGGCCGCUCUCUUCAGACGACAACCGAAAACCCAUCGCUUGUGCCAAAAUCGUCAUCGGUUGAUGCCAUGAGCAGCAGCUGUAAUUGCCUACUCUAACAUUGUCAGCUGCUGAUGCAGUGAGCAUCGUUUAUGGCACCAACGUCAUGAUGCAUAAGGAUAACUCCUGACUAUACUUGUGAUAAAUGCGUAAAAAAUAAAUUUAUUCCUAACAAUAAUUUUAAUGAUGGAAUUGGAAAUAAAUUUAAACGAAAAAGUUAUUUAUUGUGAUAACACCAGUACCGUAUAUAGUAUUAAAAUACAAGUUUUUUAUUUUGUCACAAUCCUUCCUUAACAUUUACGAGGGUCGAGCGAAUCACAUUUAUUCGGAUUUCAAGGAAAACAUAAAUUUUCCUCUGAGGGCCAAUUUACUUACACUUCCAUUGGUAAAUAUUUGCUAUUUUCUGGACCAGGGUAUCUUUUGGUUAGGUAAAAAUGAGCUGCGCAAAGAAAUAAACCCAACUCUGCGCUUAAAAAACGAGUCGUAUUGUACGUCAAGUCGUAUAGUCGUCAAUACAAAAGAAGUCGUAUAGUAUUGUAUUGUAGUCGCACGAAGGUAGCACUGAUAAGCCAUGUUGCCGGGCGAAACUGGGUCAGAAUGAACCACAAAUGAGCAACAAGUUCAUCGCUAUUUGGACAAAGCCUCACUUCUUUCUGUGAAUGAUGCAGACUGGCACUGGUUUUAUUAUUAAUCUCAAAUAAAGUUUCAAUGGAAAGUCAAAAGACGGUGUGUCGAAAAAAAAACUCGCUGCUAUCGUUUCAUCACACACAUUUUUAGCGC